UUUCGCGCCAAACAUAACCUCCAAUGUCAAUCAACAAAUCCGAAUCCGUGUGUUGUGUUUUCUUUUGUAUUUUAAAGAAUAAAGUGUAGAGUUUAAGUGAGUGUGCUGAAACAAUGUCUACACCAUCUAAACGACCAUCGUCUAGGGCGUCGUCAGAUGCUCCGACGCCGUCUCGUAGGACAAGGUCCUCACAACAACUCGUUGUUCCUGAAACUCCUCAAAGAUCUACCGGCACUCCAACCCAUGAUGGCACCCCGGGGACCCCGCGGCGCUCGCCGCGUACUCCGUCUGGCCAACUGCCGACUACUUCACCAGCUCGAGGACUGGUUUCUAGCCCCAUUGGAACAGACAUAGACAUGAGCUCUCCCCUGAACUACGGUACUCCCAGCUCUCUCAGCACCCCGCGCUCGCUGAUGCGGGGUGUCAUGACCCCGGCGCGGCAGAGAGCUGACCUGCGCGGACAGCAGAGUGGCCGGAAUGUGCCUGCUCCUACACCUACUCGGAGGGCAGACGAGCCGGCCCCGGAGCCCACGGCCGAGCCGCAGCUGGUGGUGUGGGGCACCGACGUGGCCGUGGCCGAGGUGCGCGACAAGUUCGUCAAGUUCAUCCAGCGGUUUGUGGAGCCCGAUGCGGUUACUAACGAGCCGCUGUAUGAACAGAAGUUGGAGGAGAUUCACACACUGGAAGAGCCGUUUCUGGACGUGGACUGCGACCACGUGAGGAUCUUCGACGCCAAGCUGCACCGACAACUCGUGUCUUACCCUCAAGAGGUGGUGCCGGCCUUCGACGCGGCGGUGAACGAGUUGUUCUUCGAGAAGUACCCGGCGGCCGUGCUGGAGCACCAGAUCCAGGUGCGCCCGUUCAACGCGCCCGCGCGGCACAUGCGCGACCUCAACCCUGAAGACAUAGACCAGCUAGUAACCAUAAGCGGCAUGGUGAUCCGCACCUCGGGCAUCGUGCCAGAGAUGCGGGAGGCCUACUUCAAGUGCGCAGUUUGCGGCGCCCCGGCCGUGGCUGAGCUAGAGCGGGGACGGGUGCCCGAGCCGGCACAUUGUGGGCACUGUAAUACAGCUCAUUGCUUCCAGUUGGUGCAUAACAGGUCGCACUUUAGCGACAAACAGCUGGUUAAACUGCAAGAGUCUCCAGACGACAUGCCGGCGGGCCGCACGCCGGCCACGGUGAGCGUGAUGGCGCACGGCGAGCUGGUGGAGUGCGUGGCGGCGGGCGAGCGCGUCAGCGUCACCGGAGUGUUCCGCGCGGCCCCGGCCACGGUGCAGCCGCGUCGGGCCACGCUCAAGGCGCUCCACAAGACGCAUAUUGACGCGCUGCACUACAGGAAGGUGCAUAGCGACCGACUAUUGGAGACUGAGGAGGGCAAAGAGCACCGUUUCCCGCCAGAACGCGUAGAGAUGUUCAAGACGCUCGCCUCCCAAGUCGACUCGUACGAGCGACUGGCUCGAGCCAUCGCUCCCUCCAUCUAUGAGAACUUGGACAUCAAGAAGGGAGUGCUUUUGCAACUGCUGGGAGGCACUAAGAAGAACUUUAAUGCCGCUGGACGGACUCAUUUCAGAUCAGAAAUCAACAUCCUCCUCUGCGGAGACCCGGGCACCAGCAAGUCGCAACUCCUUCGCUACGUGCACGAGUUGGUCCCUCGAGCCCAGUACACGUCCGGCCGAGGCUCCUCCGCUGUCGGUUUGACGGCGUACGUGACUAAGGACCCGGAUACUAGGCAGCUGGUGUUGCAGACAGGCGCGCUAGUCCUGGCUGAUAAUGGCGUGUGCUGCAUCGACGAGUUCGACAAGAUGAACGACUCCACGCGCAGUGUGCUGCACGAGGUAAUGGAGCAACAGACGCUGUCCAUAGCGAAGGCAGGCAUCAUCUGUCAACUAAACGCUCGUACGUCCAUACUCGCCGCCGCUAACCCGGCAGAGUCUCAGUGGAACAAGAACAAGACCAUAGUGGAGAAUGUGCAGCUACCACACACUCUUAUGUCCAGAUUCGACCUGAUAUUCCUGGUACUAGACCCCCAGGACGAGGUGUUCGACCGGCGGCUCGCGAGCCACCUCGUGUCGCUGUACUACAAGGACCCGAGCGACACGCACAAUGAUGAGGACAUGGUGGACAUGAGUCUGAUGCGCGACUACAUCGCGUUUGCCAAGGAGCACGUCCAACCCACCCUCAGCGAGGCCGCGCAGCAGCGCCUCAUCGACGCCUACGUCGACAUGAGACGCGUGGGCAGCGGGCGCGGCCAGAUCUCCGCUUACCCGCGCCAACUGGAGUCGCUUAUCCGUCUGGCCGAGGCGCACGCGAGGAUGCGGCUGUCGCCCGUGGUGGAACUGUCGGAUGUGGAUGAAGCCGCCAGACUGCACCGCGAAGCCCUCAAGCAGUCGGCCACAGACCCGGCCUCAGGGCGCAUCGACGUCGGCAUCCUGACGACGGGCGUGGGCGCGGCGGGGCGGCGGCGGCGCGCGGACCUGGUGGCUGCACUGAAGGAGCUCGUGAAGCCUUACACCAAGCCGCAUACCAUCACUGUGGCGAAAUUGCUGGCUGAUGUCAACGCUAGCAGUCAGAUUACGGUGACCAGAGAGCAGAUGGACGAAGCACUACGUGACCUGCAGGACGAGGGCAAGGUGGUGGUGGUGAGCCACACGCACGUGCGACUGUGCUGAGGAAGCCAUCUACAGGGUGUUGCUAAACCUUAACGUGCGACUGUUCUGAGGAACUU